AUGGAUACACCGCCUGACAAGGACUGGAUCGCGCUUGAUCUGGAUCGAGUAGGAGACGGGCUUGGCCUCCAGACAUCCAGAACAUCCGACAGACUCAACCAAAUCGACCGUAUUCGCGCCAAUGGAGUUGGCGACCAUAUCUCGCUACCGCAGCUAGCUGUCUGCGGUGACCAGUCCGCUGGAAAGAGCUCAGUUCUAGAGGGCGUCACCGGGAUUCCGUUUCCCCGCCAGGAUGGCCUCUGCACACGGUUUGCGACCGAGAUUAGCCUUCGACACGAAUCCGGACAGCAGCGUGCUACUGCUAUGAUUAUUCCGCAUGUCACUCGUACAGAAGAGGAAAAGGCACGUCUCAAUGCGUUCCGGCACGAGAUACAUGAUUUCGCCGAGCUUCCUGGUAUCAUUGAAGAGGCCUCAGCGUUGAUGGGAAUCCGUGGAUUUUCCGCAGACUUGAACGCGCCAGCCUUUUCAGCUGAUAUUCUCCGCUUGGAGUUGGUUGGAAACACGGGUGUACAUUUGACAAUCGUGGACCUACCUGGACUUAUCUCUGUCUCGGAGAAAGAAGAGGAUGUCAAACUUGUUCGCGAUCUCGUGGACUCAUACCUCGAAAACUCGCGGACUAUUGUUCUUGCUGUAGUUCCUGCUAGCAGCGACAUUGACACCCAAGGAAUCAUCCAACGCGCUCGUCAUUUCGACAAAGCCGGCUGUCGAACAGUCGGUAUUAUCACGAAGCCUGACUUGAUAAAUUCCGGUACAGAGGCUCGUGUGGCUCGUGUGGCAAAGAACUUGGAUGGCACCAAGUUGAAUUUGGGAUUUUUCCUCUUGAAGAAUCCAACUCCAGCGCAGUUAGAUCAAGGCAUGACAUUAGCAGAACGUCGGAAAGCGGAGUUGGAGUUCUUCUCUACCGGCCCAUGGAAAAGUCAAGGUAUCGACCCUUCCCGGAUCGGGAUUGAUAAUUUGCGCAUCUUCCUCCAAGAGCUUCUUGAUCGCCAUAUUGAGCGAGAACUACCGAAAGUUCGACAGGACGUGCGCAGAUUGCUCUAUGAGAUAAACGAGGAACUUAAUGAACUCGGUCAAGAGAGAUCUUCCCCAAGCCAAAUUCGUGUCUUCCUUACGAAAAUCAGUAGUGAUUUUCAUAAUCUAGUCAAAGCUGCUGUCGAGGGAGUCUAUAGUGGCCGCGACGCUGCCUUCUUCGUUGUUGAUGGAAAGGAUAUGUUUGUUCGUCUUCGUGCUGCCAUUCACUGUGAAAAUGAGACCUUUGCCAGUUACAUGCGGGAUCACAGUGAAAAGCGAAAAGUUGUUGCCAAUCCACACGCUGACGAGAUUGAGGCGGAGGAGGAACAAAUUCUCCUCACAGAUAAACAAAUGAUGUCAUGGGUCGAACAGAAAUACCAUGAGACUCGUGGAAGAGAGCUUCCUGGCAAUCACAACUACGCACUGUUGGCCGAAUUAUACCAUGCUCAAUCGGACCGCUGGGGAAGCAUUGCCCGUCGGCAUCUAGACAAAACUGUUUCCAUAGUUUCGCAAUUCAUCCAAUGCGCUCUUAAACAUGUUAUCAAAGACAUGAAAGUUCGGGAAAGCGUAUCCAAAGUGAUCGAUGCCACGCUGGAGAUGGAUAUUCGACAUGCGCACGAGGAGCUGGAAACUCUCUUGGACGACGAGAAGCGUCAGCCAAUUACAUACAACCACUACUACACGGACAAUAUCCAGAAAUCGAGACAAAAACAUUCAAGAAAGCAGCUACAAGAAUCAAUCGACUCGGCGAUUGAAGGAGAGUGGAAUGGCAGGUUUCAUUUCCAGAAUUCUUCUGACGAAGUUCGCAGGCUGGUAACAGCUUUGCAGGAUCGGGUCGUUGUGAAUAUGACCGAACAGGCUUGCAUUGAGGCUCGAAAUGACCUGGCAGCCUACUACAAGGUGGCAAUGAAACUUUUCGUCGAUAAUGUCUGCCGUCAGGUGAUUGAACGGCACAUUCUAGCCAGGCUGCCUGGUAUCUUUGACCCAGUCAGUGUUAGUGCUUACGAAGACGAGGCACUACUCGACUUGGCUUUGGAAUCUGCUAAUACUCGCCACCGUAGGGCAGAGGCGCUUCAGCUUCAGGAAGCUUUGGAAAAAAGCCUUCGAGAUCUUGGAAACUGA